AUGAAAGGGCUUCUUGCUUCUUUUCUUUUACUCACUCUAGUUGCACCUCUAAUCGGUGCAAACAAGAACAGUAACAGCAGUAAUACUACAUAUAACGUGCUCGAUUUUGGAGCAGUGGGUGAUGGUAGUGCAGAUGAUUCUCAGGCCUUCAAAGAAGCUUGGCAAGCUUCUUGCAUGUCUUCUGAUGAUUCCCCAAUAAUGCUUAUUCCAAAUGGAAAAACAUUCUUGUUGAGACCUGUGACAUUUAGUGGUGGUUGCAAGUCUAAUAACAUUCAUGUCCAGAUAAAUGGAAAUAUAAUAGCACCGAGUGAACAUUCACAAUGGGGAUGUUACGAGACAGACUGUGAUCACUGGAUUACAUUUGCUAAUUUGGAUGGGCUCUAUAUUGAUGGCUCAAAUGCUAUUAUUGAUGGCCAAGGUUCAAAAUGGUGGAGUCGAUCAUGCCAAGAUGAAAAUAAUGCAUUUUUUCUAGAACAUGCCAACAAUGUUCACAUUAAAAAUUUAAACUUUAUGAAUAGCCCCGGAAUGCAUCUUAUUAUUGAAAGAUCAACAUGGGUGUAUGUUUCAAAUGUCACUAUAACAGCCCCUCAACAAAGUCCAAACACAGAUGGCAUACAUAUUCAAGAAAGCACAAAUGUUUUUAUAUACAAUUCUUCCAUUGGAACCGGUGAUGAUUGUAUUUCAAUUGGUGGUGGAACAUCGUACCUUAACAUUAGUGGAAUUUCAUGUGGUCCUGGUCAUGGCAUAAGCAUUGGGAGUCUAGGUAGGGAAGGGAGAGAAGAGCAAGUAGAAUAUGUUCAUGUAAGCAACAUCCAAUUCAAGAAAACUUCAAAUGGGGUUCGAAUAAAAACUUGGCGGAAAUCAGCGGUACAAGUGAGCAACAUUACAUACAACAAUGUUUAUGGAACCUCAGAUGGAGAAAUAGCAGUGAAAUUCGAUUGCAGUGAGUGGGGUCAAUUUUGGCUGUUGGGGCCCGCUGUUGAGAGUUUCUGGGCUGGCGAGAGUAACCUCGUCGGCACUAGGAGGGGAGGAGCGGCGAGAGUCGUGACGAACAGCAGACAUCCUGAUCCUGGUUGGUUGACAAGGUCAAGUGGAAUGGGUCAUGGAAACCAUCCUGGUUGGUUGACGAACAGCAGACAUCCUGGUUGA